CGUGUCUCAGAGCUCGGUCGGCUCGCAGAGACAGCAGGAUGCCAAAGGGAGCACUCCGACACACGGCGUCCGUUUUACCGUCUCCCGACGUCGUCUCUCGGUCACAGCAACUCUGAUGGGCGUUUUUAUCUACCUUUUGCCGUCCUCCACUCUUGGAUAUUUUCGGAAGCCACGAAAUGAAGCGAAUGAAUGUGAGCAACAAGAAGUAUCCUGUUGUUGUGCCUGUCUUCAGCAUCACUAGUCAAGCACUCUCUGUGGAUGCGGUGCCUCACUGAUCUUUAGUUGUCUUGUUUUCGGAGGAUUUGAUGUAGUGAUCAGUAGUGGACUACCCAACUUUCCCCCGCUUUUUUGUUGUCUUUUUCGAGGUUUUCCGUGUUUGAAACAAAGAUUUCAGGAUAGACCAACUCCGGAAAACCAGCGACUUGACAUCCGCUCCCGGCGGAAUAACCAUUCUUAGCGGUUAUUCGCCUUUACAAGCAUCUUCUCUGGGCCACGCUGGAAGUCGCCCCCCAUGUGGCCGUCGGGAGUGGGGAGCAGGCAGCCCUGCCCGCGGGAGUCGGCGCUGCGCAGGGCGGCCAUCAGCGGCAACAUCAACGCCCUGCCGCCGCAUCACGUCCCCACCGGCCGCAGCGUCCGGGUCUUCAUCUGUUCCAACCCCGACGACACAGAGGCGGAGAGGAACGCACUGAAAGAGCACGUCUACCCCAAACUACGAGACUUCUGCAGGGAGAACUAUGGCAUUGAAUUCCAGGUGGUGGACUUGUACUGGGGCGUCGAUCCAGAGGAGUGGGACAGUCCAGAGCUGCAGCGACUCAGAAUGAAACUUCUGGAGGAAUGUCUAAAGACCUCGGCUGGACCAUGUUUUGUUGGCCUGGUAGGAGAAAAAUACGGCAGCAUCCGAGUGCCGGGGGAGGUGGAAUCAGCGGAGUUCGAGAUGAUCUUGGAUGCAGCUAUAGAGGCGGGGCUGGAGACACACAUCUUGGAAGAGUGGUACUGCAGGGAUGAAAACUCUGUGCCACCCGCAUACUACCUCAAACCCAAAGCCCAAAUGCUUAAGAACUACCAGAACUCAAUGGAGUCAAGCAGCGCAGCCAAGACCAAGAAUGACAAGGCCUGGAGGAACGUGUCAGAGGAGAUCAAGAGGAUCUUCCGGACGGCGGUGCUGCAGCUUCAAGAGAAGGGGACCAUGAAGAGUGCUCAGGCCAAGAAAUUCCUUUGCUCUGCCUUGGAGGAUGAACUAGACUUUGCCCUUGGAAAACAAACUCCUGCCUUUCUCAGGAAAUGUGUCUGCUACAUUCGAAAGAUCUCCAACUUUGACCGCUUCGCCAAAAUCCCUGAGAUGGCGCGCUACAUGGACAUUGUGGUCAGCAGCGAUCGCGUCAUGCGCAACCAGGAAGCUUACGAACGCCUUCUGAAGGUUCGGGACGAGUUCAUCCCCACAGUCGUGGCUGCCUCCAACCUCCGCGUCUAUUCUUCUGUCACGCACUGCGACAUGAAGUUAGGCUACUCCCAAGAAGUGGAGAGCCACUACGUAGAAGGUCUGUGUAAACAGUUCUACGAGGACAUGGUGGACAUCAUCCAGGCCACAGUCCAGCAGAACUUUGACACAGAGACUGAUCCGUUGUACGAUGAGAUCCUGCAGCACCUGUCCCUCUGCAAAAACUUCGCAGCCCUCUAUGAGUACAAGGCCGAGUCACUGGAUUACGUGCAGGAGUAUGUCAUGCCGUCUAAGGGAAGCAGGAUGAGCCCUCUAGUGGUGUACGGAGGACCCUGCACUGGAAAGACACUGCUGCUGUCUGAGGUGGCCAAAGAGGCCUACACAUGGCUGCAGAAAGAGAUGGGCCCUGAAACUGACCCAGUGGUCAUUGUUCGUUUUAUUGGCUCCAGCCAGCUCUCCACAGACCUACGAACCCUCCUCCAGAGCAUCUGUGAACAGAUUGCAAUCAACUACCGCUGCCUGAUUCACUUUUUGCCUAACAAGAUUCAGGAGAUGAGAGAGCUCCUGAUCAACCUCCUAGGGGAAUCCUCGUUCCACAGGCCCUUGGUCAUCGUCCUGGAUGCCCUGGAGCAGCUUUCAGAUGCCGAUGAAGCUCGCAAACUGUGGUGGCUCCCCAUACACCUGCCUCGAACAGUCCGCAUUGUAGUAUCAACGUUGCCCAAUAAACACGGUAUCUUGCAGAAGCUCCGCCACCUCAUCCAUGAUGAGGGCUAUUAUGUGGAAUUAAUCCAGAGAGACCGCAAAGUCUGCAGCCAAACAUUAAAACAGCAAUUGCUGGGGGUGAAGAGAAAAGUCACCUCAGGCCAACAGAUCUAUGUCAAUGAGGCACUUGCCAAGUGUACAUUGCCAAUGUUUGUCAACCUCAUCUACAGAGAAGUAGUUCACUGGAGGUCUCACAAAGAUGUGGAUGAUAGAUCCCUCUGUUCCACAGUGCAUGAAAGCAUAGAGCAGCUGUUCUACUCUGUCGAGAACAAAUUGGGGCAACGAUUUGUCUUCAGAGCAUUAGGAUAUAUCACCAUGGCCAAGGCUGGGUUAACUGAGGUUGAGCUGGAAGAUAUCCUGUCACUUGAUAACAUAGUUCUUGGGGAUGUCAUUGUGGCAACUUACCUCAAAAACCCAUUGAGGAUCUCCUAUGACUUGGUUGCGAAGCUUAAAGAGGAGCUGGAUGGCUAUCUGGUGGAGCGUCAGGUGCGGAACGUCACCUUGAUGGUUUGGGCCAACAGACACCUACAUCUCAUUGCCCAGAAGCUGUACCUUAGCAAUGAAGAGGAUGUGCAUCAAAUGCACAGUCUCUUAGCUGAGUACUUCCUUGGGGCUUGGUCAGGAGGCAGGAAGAAAAUCUUUACCUAUGAUAACAACCACUUCACUUCCCUGAACAUUUCUCAUCACAAAAACCCUCACCAUCAACAGUCCCAUGAAAAAACAUCUUCUGAUAAGUACUCUUAUGACAGACAGACUCCUGAACAACCUUGGGUGUUCCAGUGCAAUCUUCUGGAGCCUGACAUUUUCUUUGUCAAUCACAGAAAGAUGACAGAGCUGGUGUAUCACCUUACCAGAAGCGGGCGCACCGAUGACCUGAUGUUUGGCGUCAUUAUGAACUUCAGUUGGCUCUACACAAUGAUUAAGAUUGGCCAGUUUGAAAAGGCUUUAACAGACAUUGAUCUAGCUUACAGUUACACCCAAGAAAAAGAGCUGAAGUUUCUGGCCACCACCCUACGUAGCAUUAAGGUAAAAGUGCUGAAGAACCCAGCAUCUCUGUCUGCAGAGCUGCAGCAAAGGCUUCUGCCAGUAGUCACCUCCCUUCCAAAGCUCAGACACCUCCUACUGGAGUGUGACAAAGAUGGCCCAAAGUACUGCUCUAUUGUGCCUCUCCACUCCUCUAUGGAUGUCACCUACAGUCCAGAAAGGCUUCCUCUGUGCUCUAGCUAUAUGCAGAUUGUGGAGAUCUUGCCCACUUUAGCCCCAAACAUAGUCCUUGUUGCAUUGGAGGACGGGUCGGUCAGCACCUGGGAUGUAGAAAGCAGACAGCUUCUACGACAGAUCGACACAGCCAGAUCUGUUGUGCUGGGAAUCAGGCUAACCUCUGAUGAGAAGUAUCUGGUCGUGGCCACAACCAAAAAUACACUGCUCAUCUAUGAUAAUCACAAGUCCUGCCUUUUAUCUGAGGUUGAAAUCAAGGGGUCCAAGCACGGUGGCAUCACUGGUGGGGUUGCCUUCAUCAAUGGCUUUACUUUGUCUACCCAUCAUGCUUUGGCUUGGCUUGAAGCUAGUAAAGACGUCAAUGUCAUUGACCUCCUCUACGGCUGGCCUCUCUACCAGUUCCACUGCUGGUACGAGGUGACUUGUGUCCAGUGCUCGCCAGAUGGAAUGUAUGCCUUCUGUGGCCAGUACCUCAACACUGCAUCUGUCUUUCAUCUAGGAAAUGGUGACAAAUUGGCCACUAUGACAUCUGAGUUUUCUGGGGGGUUCGUCAAAUCCAUCCUUGUGCUGGACACCCUUAACCAAAUGGUGAUGGUUGACAAUGAAGGCAGUCUGUCAGUGUGGAACACCAAAGAGAUCACCAACCCGAAAUUGAUGGAAGAUUAUGAUUGUAGAGGGGAUGACAGUGAAGUGGUGGGCAUCGAGCUAUCUGAAGACCAGCGUUCCAUUCUCAUUUGUAAGGCCAGGAGUAUUGAGGUUCUGGACACAAAAGUAUGGAAAAUGGUAGAGAAGUUCAAAGCCAAGCGUAGUGAACGCUUUGUUGCAGCUGUUCUCUCCAAAAAUGGACAAAGCAUUGUGGCCUCCAUGGAAAACACCUCCUCUAUCUUUGUCUGGAGGAGGGACAGUGGACAGUGCAUGGCUAGCCUGAUUGAGAUCUCAGGGGCUAUUGUAAAACUCAUCAAAUCAGUCCACCACAAUCUGCUGCUUUCUGUUGCCAGCAGUGGAGUUCUGUCUGUCUGGGACAUUGAUAUCAUCACCGCCAUGUCCAACAUUGACAAAACAGGCAAGAAGAUCCAGACCUUGCAGCUGUCCGGCAGAGAGGACUACGUGUUUACCAUGGAUGGCUCAGAAGCUGUCCACAAGUGGAACUUUAGCACUGGAUUUAUUGAAACAGUUUUCAAGCACGAGGGCAUAGUGGAGAACUGUGUCCUAACCUCCUCAGGGGAUCUCAUGGUGACUUCAGACGACAAGUCCAGUCAGUACAUUUGGCAAACCAACACUGGAGAAAAUAUCUUCCGCAUCAAUGGACAGAGAAUAUCACAGCUGCUAAUCACCCACAACGACCAGUUUGUGGUGUCCCUCUGUGAGCAGAAUGCUUCCAGAGUCUGGAGGCUUGCUACUGGGCACAAAGUGUGCAACAUCUUAGUCACUCUCCAGAAUGCACUCAUCACCACAGCAAACACAUUCUUGGUGGGAACAUCCAAAAACAAGCUCCUUGCUGUCAGCCUUUGGUCGGGCAGCGUAUCAAAGAAAUUUGUCUGCGAUGAUGGUAUCACCAUUGUCAACUUCAAGCUCAUUCCUGACUGCCCUGACUGCGUGGUCUUCAUUACGUCCACAGAGACCGUCUUUAUCUGGAGUGUGGCAGAUGAGUCUGUUUGCAGACGUGUCCAGCUCCCAACCAACUUCCUCAAAAAUCUAGAGGACUUCCAGAUCUCUCCCAAUGGGAAAUUAGGAAUUGUCUCUAAAGGUGACGAGAAUAUUAACGUCCUGGAUCUUCACAGUGGGAAGCUGCGGCUUGUCCACGCUGCAGGUAUAAUCUGGCGCCAGAAAUUAUCAAGAGAUGGUCGUUAUCUUGUAUACAUCUGUUUCCGGAACUGCGACGAAGACGAUGAUGCUGGUGUCGUAUCCAACCUGAUCGUGAUGCGGCUUGCUGAUGGCAAGAGCAUCGGCACAUGCUCGCUUUACAAGACCCCAACCUUCCUGUCUCUUUCCCAACGAGCACUAAACAUCAUCAUUGGCUUUGAGGAUGGCAGCAUCGGCACAUACACAGUUGUGGAUCGUGUGGAUGCUGCUCUCAAGAUAAAGAUAGCCACCUCCAACAGCCGACAGAUUGUCAACAACGCCUCGCAGAAGGUGCGGCCCAAAUGUGGCAACCAUUCCUUUAAAACCGUCGCUGACUGCACUUGGAGGGAGUCAACAGAGGUGUUCUCCAGGGACAGCCCCAUCAACGUGUCGGACUCCGGAGAAGGUGAGUCGACAACGCCUACAAAAAAGACUGAACUGCUGCAGUGAUAGGUGGAGACGAAAGGAGUAGGAGGAGUUAAGAUAGGUGGGUGGACACAGGUGACAAAGCUUGGAAUCUCUGGGGUUGCAGUUGAUUCUUGUUUACAGCCACGUGAUUCAGCUGCAGAUGUCAGCCCUCUGGGUAGUUAAUGGGCCGACCGUUUUAACGCUGCACUCAAAUUAUGUAUUACUUACUUCCAACUUAUGAUACACUUUGUUUUACACAUGAAGACUGUUAGAAAAAUACUGUUUUAGAAAAGAAGAAAAAUGUCAAUUCUGUGAAGUAUUAGUUUGCCAUUAUGUGUCCUUUUGCAUUUGAAGAACAAAGUUAUUAUUCAAAUGUCUCGGUCAAACAUUUUCAAAGCCAUUCCAGUGAUCUUUGCCACUUUCAUUGUACACUCUUUAUUUUCAUUGUGCACAUUAAGCCAUAAUGUUGUUCUUAAAAGAGUAUAUUUAUGUUUGUAUUUACAUCAGGCCGUACUGUACAAAAAGGAAGAACUAUGAACAUAUGUACAUAUCUCUUUUUGGCUGCUGCAAUUUGUGCAACUCCUUAAAAAUGUUAUGUUGUGCUUAAUGCAAUCAAAGUGAGUGCCUGGAAUUUAAAAUGUUCUUUAUGUGCAGAUUACAAGAUUUAUGAAAAUGCAGGGAAUUUGUAAACACAGUAUACGCACCGUUACACACUACUUGCAUUGACGUUAAAUCUAGACGAUCAGUGUAAUGAAAUCCAGUCAACAACACGAGAGACGGAUGGCAUUGCUCUUUGUUAUGAUAGUUGUAGGAUAUUUCUUGGAACAGUUUACGUAAAUUUGAUGUGAAUUUACCUGCAGUUCCGUCAAUUUGUGUGCUGUUCCUUUUAAGGGAAACACCACUAUUGAGCAUACAGUGUAGCAUAGCACCAUACACAUUCACGCCUUAACCAGUGUUCUUGCUUUAGGUUUAGUGGAGUUUGUUCAAAUGUUCCAGUGUUACAGGACAGAGUGAUUAGCCCGAUGUUUGAAACAACUUGGCCAUGUGAAUAUAUAUAGAAGUUUAGACAGUAGAUGGACGCACUUUAUGAGUGGUUUGUGAGAAGUUAUUAGAUUUAUUUAUAUGAAACAUUGUAUAAAUUGUUUAGAGUGAUCUAGAUUUGUCUUAAAACAUGGAUUGGGUCCACUUACAGAAACACACAGACCAUCCAGGUACUUGCAGGCUACAGCUGACUCUCUUGAAAAGCUACAGUCUCUUCAUAUAUAAAUUAGGGCUGGACCCGAAUAUCCGAAUAUUCGGUCCUUGUGGUGGUAUCCGACUAUUAAUUUUGAGAUCUGCUGCUUUACCGUCAUUAAGAAUCGGCAUAUAUUAGUCUUGUGGACUGCAGUGACCUCAGGGGUCAGCGUUACUUUGGAUUGGCCAGUUGCCUGGCUGUAUCACGCAGACCUACCAAGUCUGACGUCGUGAAGAGGGAGAUAUGUGAAUGCAAAAAUGGGGAUAUCCAUGCUAAUGCUAACGCUGUCGGACUCCGAUGAUAACCCCCCCAUGGACGAGGCAAAUAUUUGGGUAUUUGUUAUUAACGGGACCUGAAUAUCCAGAGCCCAGAAAUUGCUUUUCGGACCAGCCCUAAUAUAUAUAUAUAUAUAUAAAAACAAAAAUGCUGUCAUAGCGUUUUGCAUCAGAGGUGAGCAAUUUGGAAAUCUGUGGGAUUACAUAAGGGUCGGGAAGAUUGUGAUGAACUGCUAAAAUGCAAUUAAAAAUAGGCAUUUUGUCGAUAUUUACAAAAUGAAAUACUGAUAUGAUGUCACACUGUUACACAUAUGAUAAUAUCAUACAUAACCAAGUACCAGUAACUAAGGACAACAUAUAGUACAGUUAAAAUUACAGACUCUGUCUUCACUUUUGAGUGUAUUUGGCAAAAAUGAGACAAAACACACAAUAAAAGAUAUUAGAAAUGAAUCGGACAAAUAGCUUUGUUUUCUAAUAGAUGGUAUCAUAAUUGUGAAUUCUUUUAGCUAACAUCAUGAUGUAGUGGAAACCUAAUGCCAUCACAUCCCUAUUUCAGAGCCUGUGAUUGUUUGUCACCUUUUGUAAAGCAGUGAAAAACCUUUGCGUAAGGUCUUCAAGGUAGUGAAUGGUAGUAGUUGAACAAUUUGACUGCUGUCAUAAGCACAGAUUCAAAGCGGAAGUUGCAUUUUAGAUGUACUUUUUAUUACAUUUAAUUAUACUUUCUAUGUCAGUGUUAAAUUCUUUGUUACACAAGCAUUACUCAAUAGCUAGAUAGCUCAAUGGCUAGCGGCUUUGACUUUAGCAUGGGAGAUCAAUGGUUCAAACCCCAGUCACGGCGCAGUUGUCCAGUGAGGAGCCUUGGGCGGAGUCCUUAGUGCUUCCCCACUUACCUAUGUUGUAUCUACUCUCAGAUGUAUGUUGCUCUGGAUAAAAGCAUCUGCUAAACGAAAUUGCAAAUUGUCUCAGGCAGGGCUUUUUCCUAGUUUUACCAAAGGUGGUAUACUCCACAGGUUUCCGGUUUCUUUCUACACUAUUUCACAGGCUCUUGAUCUUUUGGACCCUUAUUUGAGUCUGCAGAAACUGACUCUGAUAACAGCAUGACAGGCUGAAAUUAAAACUGCUGACAAUCUAAAAGAAUAUUUCGGAGUCUAUGAGGUUGUACCUUGCAAGGUGUCGCGAUAGCUUUUAAAAGCAUGUCUGUAAUAACCCAAAACUUAAUUUGUUUUCAACAGUAUUAAACUCUGAUGAGUCAAAUCAUCUGCCAGGCAUGAUAAAAAAACAAACAAACAAAAAAAACACACACUUUCACUUUUACAUAUACUUUAUAAGGGCUAUUCUAUCUUAUUGUAUGUUUACUAGUUUUGAACAGUUGAGGUAAUGGCCCUUGGAUAAUUUCAAACCGGGUAGUAGCACCAAGCUUUAAAAUACUUUAUUUCCCCCCAACUCAAGAGUUUCUAAAUUUAAAAAAAAGAGAGAUUCUAUUAUGUAAUUGCCAAAGUCCCAAUUAUAGUUUGUGUUUCAUUUUGUUGACCGUCUCAUUGGUUUUUGAGGCUUGUACUGUAAUUAUAUUGUUACCAAAUUGUUUCAGUGUUGGACUGUGAUUCUGUUUAUGAUAGAGAAAAUGUGCUAUCUUUGCUAAAAAGUUUAAAAAGAGUCCUCUUAUAAAAUAUAUUGGAAUGCCAGUUUAAGAGUAUAUUUGAAUGUGUCCAUAUGGAAGCCAGUAAAUGGUAUUAUUGUAUGUUAAGUAACUUGAAUGACUUUUAAUAACUUACAUGUUUGCAACUCAUAGUUGACAUACUGGUAAUGAAUGUUUCUAUGGUAUUCUUUGUAUUGUCAGGACUGACUUACCUGUUUAGAGAUUUAUAUUUUCAUAAAUGUUGUACUUACAUUUUGUUACAGAGUUGUUUAACUGGAAUUCAAACAGAAAAGAAACUUAUGUCUGAAGCAAUAUGAAACUAGUGUGUAUGCAUUGUUUGUAUGAAACAUUUUAAUGUAAUAAAAUGGUUCACUUUUUGCCUCCA